AUGGAAGCUAAAAAUGUUUUCUUUCCUACAGGAAACACAAAGGACAUUCUGGUGAUUUAUGAAGAAGAGGCCAAAGAAUGGGCUCUGUAUUUAGAAUCGCUUUUCAAACACAUUAUAAAAGAAGAAGGAAUCUUACUUUACAACCUAGAGACUUCAUCUAUUCAGCAUCUGGAGUCAUUCUCUCUCUCCUGUUAUAGAUGUAAACUGCUCAUAUUAACAAAUGGACUUCUAAGAUGCCUGAAUCAAAAGAGAAGCUAUUUCCUGCACAGAGUCCUUGAGCCUCCAGAGAAGGUCGUGAUUCUUCUUUGUGGGGUGGAGAACGCACACAUUCUAUAUGAGACACUGACCUUAGACCAAAGCAGCCAGGAGAUCUCCACUGAUCUGGAGCCUGAGGAAUAUCUCUCCAUUGUCGCUGGCAUUAUUCAACAAGAUGAACGACAGAAGGAAGAAGCUGAAGAGUCACUGUCUUACAUCUAUGAAACAGUUCUUGCAAAUGAUUAUCAACCUAAGUCAGAAGUUAACUUGCAGUUGGAUAGAGGAGUAUCAGUGAAAACAGAUGUGAGUUUGAAAACUGAGGAAGUUUCUGAAACAUUAGAAACUAUGAGGCCUUCAGUAUUGGUGCUACCAACAAGGAUAUCAUGUGAGAACCCUGGUGAAAUAUUCAUUCUUUUGAGAGAUGAAAUAACUGAAACUGUAGAAAUUGAAUUCAUAACAGACAAUCAACGAAUUAGGACACAGCCAGCCUUUUGGAGUCAGAAGGUCAGAUUCAUGAAAGCUGUAGAUUUUCCUGCUGGCCAUGUAAAUGUAAAUGUCUACUGUGGGGGAGUCAUUAAGGCUGUGACACAGAUUGAAUACUACACAGCAGUGGAGGAGAUUGAACGCAUAUUUAAAGAAGUGGCUGAUCCAAUAGCUUUUGCUUGUCAGGCUUUCAAGUUUACUUCUGUGGAGAAACUUGACAGUACUCUGACCUUCUUAUUGAAAAGCAAGGUGUCUGUGUCUGAAUUCGGUGCUUUCCCGAAUGAAGAGGAUCAUCAACAAGCUAAUUCCCACUUGGAAGAGCUUCCGACACUUCUCCAUUGUGCAGCUAAAUUUGGAUUAAAGAACCUUGCUAAUCUUCUACUCCAGUGCCCUGAGGCAAGUCAGGCUUGUAGAAUAGCCAACAAACGUGGAGAGAACCCAGCACAUAUCGCUAGAAAUCAUGGGCACAGAGAACUUCAAAAAAUCAUCCAAGAAUUGUCAAUUAAUGCAAUCAAUAGUGAAGAUGGCCAACAGGAGCAGGAGGAGGAAGAGGAGGAAGAUGGAAUUUAUGUGGCCAUGCUGAGCUCAGACCCUCAUGUCACCUCUUCAUUAACAGACAAACAGAGUCCAGGAGACCAGUGCAGAGACAGACAGAAAGCUUCAGAGGGGUCAGGGAAGAAGGAGGAGGAGGAGGAGGAAGAAGAGAAAGAGGAAGCCGAAGAAGACAUGGGAAUGGAAGAAAAGGAAGAUGAAGAUAAUAAUUUAGAGGAAAGUUCAUACCCCUUUGAUGACAGCAAUGACAAUUUAUACGCGAGCAUACCUGAUGAUGAUCCUGAAGCAGAUGGAAGAGACUCCUUGUUCUCGGACAAACCACCCCUACCUCCUCGAGAAGCACCUAUCACUAUAAAACAAAAUGAUCUUUAUUGCUUAUCACAAGCAGGGAAAUGGGUAGAAGAGAGAAACAAAAAAGACGAGACUUCUGGUCAUCUGGAAGCAUAUGGUGGAGCAGAAAAUAAAUCUGAGGAAGAGGAGGAGGAAGAGGAGGAAGAUCCAUACACUUUUGCCGAUGAAGAUGAGAGCGUGUAUGAUAUGAUAUUGGCUUCUGAUGUGGAAAAAAGAAAGGAACGCAGGUCCUUGAUUAUAAACCGGCCACCAGCACCUGCCCCUCGUCCCGUGUGUUCCCCUGUCAAAGAAGAGAACACACCCUACAUAGUGCAAGUGUUUCAGCAAAAGGCUACCAGAAUUCACAGUGAUAAUGAGAAGAUGUACUCUGCUGUCCGGAAGCAAGAUAGAGUUCCAACUGAAACUUCUGCCUAUGCCACUUUGAGACACAGCAUCCCAUCUGGACAGGAAGAACUGAUCCUUUUGCAGGAACAGGUGAAGAAGGGAACAAUUACGGUGGAUGAAGCACUUGAGAAAUUUAAACAAUGGCAGACUGAAAAAAGCAGAUUAGAAGUCACACAGAAGGAAAAAGUACGCCAGCUCAGAAAUACCAUCAUCGGAAACAGACCGGAAGAAGAAAUUUUGUAUGACAAAAUCACCAUUGAACAUCAUCCUCAUGUUUCUAAGGAAAGCAGAAGGGAAAGCCUUCCUUUUAAAGACACGAUGUAUGACACAACAUAUUACAAACUGGCUCCACCUCGAAACCCAUCAGAAAAGGAACAGAUGCCUAAGGAUAAUUAAUGGAGUGCAGUUCUUCAUUCUGUCUUGCAUCAGCUGCCUCUGUUCAACAUCCCACACAUGUAUCCAAUCUACAUCUUGAUUUAUGCCCAAUCUGCUGCACAUGUUACUAAGAAAAUGACCAUGUUCUCAUCACUGCAGUUUCUGCACCUUGGAAUCAUAUGGUUUGGACAGUACUGGCAAAAGUCCAGCAUUGCUGAAGAGAGCAGUAAUAAAUAUUACUUGUCAAGUCAGCACUAAAUUUUAUUCUCUUUUCUCACUGCUUAUUUCAGUUGUUUCUCUAAAUAUGAGAGAUUAAGAAAAAAAUUAAAAUGCACCAUGCCUUGCUUUGUGUGUUGGGUUUAUAUUCAUUUCAGCUUUGCUACAAAAACUGCUAGAGAAAUGCCACUAAAAAGUUGAACAGGGUGAUAGAUAUAAAUGAACUCACAUGUACACAACUGGUGAAGUUUUAAAUACAGAAGAUGUAUGUUUCAUUUCGAUUUACACAUUUUUAUACAAAUUUGUAAUGUAUGUGGAAAGCAUGCCUCUUUUGCCAGGAGCAGCAAUUGUAUUCUAAUCAGGGCUACUUUCUUACGGUCAUCAAAAUGGAUCUUUGUAUAUUUAGUUUGGAUGUAGAUCAGCCCAAAUUAUCUGCAGCUAUAAGCAUGAUUACAAAAAAUAAUGUUUACAAAACAGGCUUGUGUCUAUGUAUGUAUGUUUAAUAGUAUGCCUAGGGUAAACUAUAAACACAGAGCCAGGUUCUAACCUCUGUUAAACUUAUGCAACCCUAAUAAACUAUACAGAGCAGCAGACGACAUAAACAAGAAGAAUUUGACUCAAAUCACCGUCUGUAUUCACGUAGCAACAUACUGUGAGAUUUAAAUGAGCACACUCAGUUGUGCCUGAAAACUUACAAGAUCUGAUAAAAUAUCUGCUCUUAGCCACACAAGAAAAGUGUACAGAUAUGUAUAUGCAAUUUGCACUCUUAAGUAGUUCUGUAGCCUGUAGAUAGCACCUACACAGUGCUACAACUGAUGGAAGUGUAUGUUGCCAGCAAUUUAAUUAUUGCCUUUUCUAUUUGAGGACAUUUUUUGCAGAUCAUGAAUUUUACUAAUUUUUUUCUCAUUAUUGAUAUUCAAAUAAUUUUCCUCAAACAUUUGGGCUUGUGCAUUACUUACACACUGUUCACAAUGGGCACCAUAUCAAACAUUCAGUGUUCUGAAUCUGUGCUUUGAGCUGUGUAAUUAGACAGUUAAGUCACAUGAUCUGAUUUAUGUUCCCUGACUGAAUGAUCUAACAUAAGUGUGAAUAUUCUUGUUAGUGCACAAGUACCUGAAUAUGUUUGAAUAAAAGUUCCACCCUAAGCAAAAUACCAAUGUUUAUGGAAAAGAAAAAAGAAAAGGCUCUGAAAAUGGUCUGAUUGAGGCAUGAUUCAGGUGAGUGAAUAUGUUGACUAAGACUUUUUCCUGCUGUUUGCCCUAAUAUAGCAAAAAGUUAUGUAUGACAAGAAAGUGAACUGUUGCAAAUAAAGAUGAUAUAAAGAGUCAAUGUUUGGAUCUGGCUUAGAUUUCAAAUAGAGUUCAAGUUUGGAUUUGAUAGCAACAAAAUCUUGUAAAGUAUUCUCCUGAAGUUGUUGCCUACACCUGUAAAUGAUUUUAAAAUGACCAAAAGCAAAAGGAGGACCAAGGACAGCAUAGGUC